AUGAGUGAAAAAACAGCUCAACGUCGUCGACAAACUGAUAAUAAACGUUCGUCGAAUAUAAAUAGUGAACAAACAAAUGAAAAGAUUAUUGCAGCUACAAAAAAAAGAAAACAAUCUCGUCAUACUUCAUUUAGUUUUCAAUCUUUAUUGCCGAAAAUUAAAUUUCGAUUACGAACAUUAAUAUAUCUCAUUAUUUGUCUCGUAGUUUUAUUUAGUUUAUAUAAAAUUUUACUAGGAUUUAUUUAUGAUGAAUAUACAAAUAUUCCGAUUAAUUUACCUAAACUUGUUAAUGUUAAUGAGACAAAUCUGGAGAGAUUUUGGGGAACAUAUAGAUCGAAUUUAUAUUUUGGUUUAAAACAUCGAAGUGUAAAAUCAUUAAGUGGAGGUUUAAUGUGGUUUGAUUAUGGUACAUUACAAAAAUCCAAUGAUCGAUUUCUUAGACAUUGGUGUGAUCAAAAUGAUCAGUUAAAAUAUGGAUGGACAUAUCAUGAUGGUGAAAACUUUGGAAUUGAAGAUAUUAAAGAUAAUAAUCUUGAUUUAAAUAUUCAAUGGAUAAAACAAAAUAGUGGACAACAUGGAGGAGAUUGGACAACGCGUAUCAAUGUUAUUCCAAAACCCACCGAUAGAAUAAUACCAAUAUCUUUGUUUUUCUAUUUCCAUCACGAAUUUCCAUGGAUAAAAAAAUUAACAUCAAUAUCAAAACAGUCGCCUAAUACUAUAACUAUUCGUGGUGAAACAAAUGAAUUAGAUAAAUUUACUAUUAAAAUUCAAUUAAAUACAUUAUCUCAUCAACCUAUUAUUCGUACAUUAACAGAUGUCUUUCAAUUGGAUACAAUUCAUCGUGAUAUUCAAAGAAAAUUAACAUACAAUCCUCCAAAGGAACCAUUUUUUAUAUUAGCUGAUCAAAUAUUUAAAGAAUUCGAACAUAAUACAUUUUUUAUUCAAAUAACUUUACGACAACCAUUAGUUGAUGAAACAUUUUCAUUUGAUAUUAUCUAUCAAUCAGAUUCAUCAGAUAAUGAACGACAACAAGAUUUAACUAGUUCAUAUUUUAAUAAAGAAAUUCUUCGAUUACAAAAACAAUUUGAUCAACGUUUUGAAAAUAUAUUUCAAUUAAAAACGAAACAUAAAAUGAAUGAAACAACAAUUCAUUUUGCUCGUUCAACAUUAAGUAAUUUAAUUGGUGGAAUUUCUUAUUUUACUGGUCAAUCAUUAGUAGCAAAAGCAAAUCAAAAAACUCCUGAUCAAUAUUGGACAACAAGUUUAUAUACAGCUGUACCAUCACGUUCUUUUUUUCCACGUGGUUUUCUUUGGGAUGAAGGUUUUCAUAAUCUUCUUAUUGCUCGAUGGAAUCAAAAUAUUACUAUCGAUAUUAUUAAACAUUGGUUUGAUAUGCUUAAUAGUAAUGGAUGGAUACCUCGAGAAAUAAUACUCGGUGAUGAAGCUCGUGCUCGUGUUCCAUCAGAAUUUAUUGUUCAAUAUACCAAUAAUGCAAAUCCUCCAACAUUCUUUUUAACAAUUGAUUAUUUAUUGAAAACAAAUCAAGCUAAUCAUCUUUUUACAUUACCAUUUAUUCAACGUUUAGAAAAAUGGUAUCAAUGGUAUAAUCAUACACAAACUGGUCCAAUACCAUUUACAUUUCGUUGGCGUGGUCGAAAUGCUUCAUCAAUAUAUGAACUUAAUCCAAAAACUUUAACAAGUGGUUUAGAUGAUUAUCCACGUGCAUCACAUCCAACGAAUUUUGAACGUCAUUUAGAUUUACGUUGUUGGAUGACAUUAGCUUCAAAUGUUAUUGGUAAACUUUAUUCAAUAUUAAAUAAUGAACAAACAAAUAAAUAUUUAAAUUAUGCACAAUUACUUAUAAAUAAUGAUUUACUUGAUCAAUUACAUUGGUCUGAAGAAUAUGAAAUGUAUGCUGAUUAUGGUUUACAUACAGAUUAUGUUCAAUUAGAACGUGUAUUAAUACCAAAACAAUCACCAACACAACAAUAUCAACAAACACAUAUGAUUAGACAAGUAAUUAAAGAAUCAGAUCUUAAUUAUAAAUAUGUCAAACAUUUUGGUUAUGUUUCUCUUUUUCCAUUAAUGAUACGUAUUUUAAAUCCACAAUCGAAUAAACUUGAAAAAAUUUUAAAUGAUUUAAAAAAUUCAACUUUAUUAUGGACACCAUAUGGUCUUCGAUCAUUAGCACGAUCAAGUUCUAUAUAUGGAAUGCGAAAUACUGAACAUGAUCCACCUUAUUGGAGAGGUGCUAUAUGGAUAAAUAUGAAUUAUAUGGUUUUAUCAGCUUUACAACAUUAUGCAAACAUUCCUGGUCCAUAUUCUGAUAAAGCUAAACAGAUUUAUAAACAAUUACGUACAAAUCUUAUAAAUAAUAUGUUACGUGUCUAUGAUAACACAGGUCAUAUUUGGGAACAAUAUGAUGAUAAAACUGGAAAUGGAAAAGGUAGUCAUCCAUUUACAGGAUGGUCAUCAUUGAUUGUUUUGAUUAUGUCGGAAUUAUAUGAUCAAUAA